GGUGGACAGAAACACGGCAAUCCGCACGGGGGGAUUACCUGUGUCUACUUUGUAAUUCACGACUCGGAAUUAGUGCUUGUUGGAGAUGGUUAUUCGGUGAUUUUUGUAACGCUGAUUGACUGCACGUUGCUGCAGUAUAUAGUGAUCCAACUAACGGCGGACUUGGCGCUUUGUAUUAUUUUAAUUGCCAGACUCUGGCGACAAUUUAGGAUUGGGAAUCAUCAUAGCGAGUCCUCGGAUGAACUGUGAACUGUAAGCGAUGUGAGGAGGGCCUGAUGCAAGAGCUGCCCCCAUCACAAGUGUUUCCUGCCCGGCAGUAAUAAAGACGGCUGUACUAUACCACUGUAAGGGCUACAUUGUUGAUAGAAGUGUGUGUCUCGGAUAGUCUUGCUUGAAUAGCAGCAGAUGCUUCAAAAUAGCAUUUCACACGUAUAAGGUGUAGUUGAUGUGCAGAUAUCCCAAACUGGAGGAGAUGCUUUAAAUGGACCUCUGUAUUGCAACAUUCUCUCAGCAGCAACAAUUUCCUACUUUAAUUCCUUGUAAAAGAGAUAAAUUUAUCUACUGGUAUACUGGGUCUACUGUUGAAUACUAUGGCACAGUAUAUUAAUGUUGUGACCAAUCCUAAUGGUACAUUUACAAUAGAAGAUAUUCAACAAUUGUGCACCAUUGAUGGACCAGUUGUAGUUGUUGAAGAUAACGGUACAAAUGUUAUUUCUCAACCACUCAUAGCUUAUACCACAUCUGAUAAUACUGAGCAAACCAUAUUUUCACCACAGACCAUUAACCUAGGAAAUCAAGUUUCUACAUCUCAAUUAGAACCACGGCAAAAUGUAUAUAUAAUUAAAACAAAUGAAUCUAAUGAACCUACUAUAUUUAGCAAAGCAGAUUCUGGAAAUAAUAAAGGAUCUGUUUGUUAUGCACCAGCCCAAGCUGAUUGGAUACAAAGUAGUAAUACUAAUGAAACUUAUGAAAUAGUAAUAAAGAAAGAUGCUUCACCUGUAAAAAAUGUUGCUGCAAAUACUGUAAAAAGUCCACAACACGUUCUAACUGCAGAUACGCCAGCACCUAACAUUGUUGUACAAGGAGGAUCAGACAAAAAACCUGCUAGGUUGGUACCUCUCAAAAGACAUAGUGUAGGAGGUCAGCCUGUGCAAAUAGUGAAAACCCCACUGAGAAGAGCAAAUACUCAACCUAGUAGAGGUGGUAAAAUGCGACGCAAUUCUAACACCGCAGGUAAUACGAAUCUUACUCUAACGACUUCACCAACAGCAUCAACUGCCGGAACCAAUAUUCAUCAACUAGUAAAUUGUCCUCGAGGACCACUGCCUCGAUCUCCAAUCCACACAGAAGCAGCUCAAAGGAAUUCUUUACCUGCCUUAAGAAAUGCUACCCCAAUACAUUCGUUGGAAAUGAAUGCUCUUAGUGAGAGAAUAAAGCAACAACAAGUUGGUGUCAGACAAAAAAGUGAUCCUCGUCAAAUUCAAAGACAACAACAAACUGUAGUUCUUGCUGCUGGAACACAAAGACCUGUUCCAGUAGCACAAGUUGCUCCACGACAAAUAAACAUGGGGCAGAUGAUGAGUUUAAACCGUUCACAACAGCAACAGCAACAGCAACAGCAGCAGCAGCAGCAGCAGCAGCAGCAGCAGCAGCAGCAGCAGCAGCAGCAGCAGCAGCAGCAGCAGCAGCAGCAGCAGCAGCAGCAGCAGCAGCAGCAGCAGCAGCAGCAGCAGCAGCAGCAGCAGCAGCAGCAGCAGCAGCAGCAGCAGCAGCAGCAGCAGCAACAACAACAACAACAACAACAACAACAACAACAACAACAACAACAACAACAACAACAAUUGCAGCAGCAGCUUUUGCAGCAACAGCUUCAACAACAACAACAACAAUUGCAGCAACAACACGCUCAGCGACAGGCACAGCAGAUACAGGCUCAAGCUCGUCAACAGAUGCAACUUACUGUGAUGGCUGAAACCGGUGAAACACCCAUGGAAGUUGAUUCAAGUGACAAUGUAGUGCAAUUAGAAAGACUCAAUCAGAUUGAUUGCACUGCGAAAUCUGAUGCUGAGGACAAUUCUAGUGAAAGUUAUGCGUAUUUGCAGCAAGAAAUAAACGAUCCUGCAAACGCAAUUGUGCAGCAUCAAAUUACAGGAAAUGAAGCUAAAAUGCUUGUUAUCCUGGAAAAUGGUGAACAAAGGUUAAUUACCUUUGAGGUGCCUAAAGAAGAUUGCACAGUACAAGAUCUUCUUGAACAAGUAACGGCGAAUAUUCAAGCUUCGCAAGACCCUCGUGUCUCUCUGGUUUCGGAUCCAGCUCUUGGAAUAAACUACAUUGUUGAAAUUACGCCUAAAAGUAGUCAAGAGGAAGAACAGUAUGAAAGUAAUGAAGUACCCAGUAUUACUUCUACUGUUGAAUCUAAAUCACCGUCUAAAAAUGAUAAUGCAAAUACAACAACUUCUCAAACCACUACAGGACCUAGGGUACCCAAAUAUGUCAAAGGCAUGUUGGCUGUUUGUAUAUUUUGCGGAUUGAGCGCAGCAGAUUUCAACUUUUGCAUGAGGUGUAAAAGAAAACUACCUGAAGACGUAAAAGCUGUUCCUAUUUCAUCUAAUACGUCGGCUAAAAAGGAAUACACUGUGUCUUCCAAUUCAUUCCAUAAGAAGGCUGAAACGCCUAAGCUUGACCGAGAAAACAAUACAAGGAGAGGCCGCGGUCGAGGCAGAGGAAUGACGCGUCUUACUAGGCAAAACAAAGAGCCAGAAUGUUUGACAAUUUCAUCUGAUGAAGAAGAUGACAAUAGAAAACUAAAACAGGCUGCAGAAACUAAAGAAGUAGUGAAUCCUCUUAGCUUGACUAACAGUGAAGAAGUCGAUACGAUUCUUGAAAAAGAGCCAAUUAUUACUAAUAGUGCAGUUACAUUUAAUCAAAUUACAUCUAAUAGUUCUAAUUUGAGUGGUGAAACAGAACAAAGUACUUUGUCAGAACCCAUAAAUAAUAUGAGUACUCAUCUAACGUGUCGAACGGUGAGGAUAGGAUCUUAUAAGUAUGUCCCAAACAAUGAUAUUCAAAUCUGUUCAAGCGGUUUAAAACUUGAAGUACCAUGUUUGGAAGACGACAAAUCGUUUAUUACGGUCGACAUCAAAUAUACUGAUUUGGUUAAAGUUUUGAUACACUUUUCUAAAUCAAUGCCAGUUUUAUUUUUUUACACGAAUGUAGCUACUGGUUUAAAGAUAAGAGAUUUGUUAGGUAUGCAAGAUCCUAAAGGCCCAUAUUUUGACCCUGCUGGCAAAGAUCACACACACAAAAGAAUUACGCUUUUACCUGAAAAAAUAUCUGAGGAGUCCAAAGCAACAUUGAAAGAAUUGUAUAAAAAAAUUUUUGAAGAAUUGAAUGCAAAAGAAGCUAAUGAUAUUCUUGUUAAGGCAUCUCCGAAAUCCAAUCAAGUACAAACUUCAUCCAAGAAGCAAGUUUCUGCGAGUUCAACAAAUAAUUCAAACUCGAAUGGUGUAAUAUUGAAUAUAACUGUUUACCCUCCUCCACCUGCUAAGGGAGGUAUAGCUAUAAAUACGGAAGAUUUCACAUGUCUCGCUGAGGAUCAGUUUUUGAAUGAUGUUAUUAUAGAUUUUUACUUAAAAUAUUUGACAUUAGAAGUGCUUUCCGAAGUUGAUAGUAAAAGAACUCAUGUAUUCAGUUCUUAUUUUUAUAAAAGAUUAACAAGUCCACAUGCACUAGCAACAGAAAAUUAUGAGAAUUUGUCACCCGCCGGUAGACGUCAUGCUAGAGUACAAAAAUGGACCAAAAAUGUCAAUAUUUUUGAAAAAGAUUUUGUCGUUAUUCCUAUUAAUGAACAUGCGCAUUGGUACUUGGCUAUAAUUUGUUUUCCUGGGCUUGUUGGAAAAGUAACACCAAAAGUUAAUAAAAAAUCUUGCGAUCAGAAGACAUUAGAUAAGAAAAAGAAGGAUUCUAAAUUGAAGUCCUUAACAAUUGGGAAUACCACCAUAACACCAGUAAGCACAAUUACUAUUGACACGAACGACGACGGUUCUGAAAGAGAUGAAGCCGAAGGCGACGACGAAGAAAUGGAAAUGGAAACUGAUAGUGAUGAUGACGAUGAUGAUGCUGAAUCUGGAUCUAAAACUGAUGCUGAACAAUCAAAUGCUGAACAGACUAACAUUGAUCCAAAUAGUAAACGUAACUGCCAGACUCCUCAAAAUAAAGAAAUUGUGAAAGCUCCUUGCAUAUUAAUAUUUGAUUCGCUGUGUGGUGGCAGCAGAUCGAGAGUAGUAGCGACUUUGAGGGACUAUUUAAAAUGCGAAUAUCAAGCUAAAAUGUCGGCAGAACAAAUUUUUUCAAAAGAUACUAUCAAAGGUUCCUCUCCUAAAACUCCGCAACAAUCAAAUUUUACUGAUUGCGGACUUUAUUUACUACAAUACGUGGAAAGUUUCUUUCAGAAACCUAUUAUGGAUUAUACAUUGCCUAUUAAAACAUUAAAAACAUGGUUUAAAGAAAUCACUGUAACACGUAAACGAGAGGAAUUAGCUAAGCUUUUGACGACUUUGGUAAAUGAAACCAAAGGAGAUAAAACUAUCAACUUGCCUACUCUUACUUUUCCAACACAAGAUGGAAAAUUAAAACAAAAGCCAGAAACCCAAACUGAUGCAAAAAUAUCGAAAGUUGACGCAGAAAAGAAAAAAUCUGCUGAAACUAGUGAGAGCAAACCAAGUGCCACUGGUACCUCUACGAAAAAUGGAGAUAGCAGUAAUGAAGCAGCAGCUAAAGUUUUAGCUCUUCAAAAAUCCAUUCCUCAAAUUCCAUCUCAGCCUACAAGCACAACAGAUGGCAACGUGACUGUUAAUAAAGAAGUAUCAUCCCCGAAAACUUCAAGAACCAACACAGACACUAUGGCAUUCUUAAAGAACAAAAGGAUACCCAGGAUACAAAAGUCCUCUGACAAUCAGGACGAUAAACAGGUUGCCAAAAGACAUAAAGGUGAAGCCUUUUGUUUCCUGUAAAUAAGUGUUAUCUUUUUUUAUAUUGAUUCGCUAAGAUUAGUCAUUAUUCGUAAAAACAUUUUUGCGUAUAAAGUACACGAUGUAGUUCUUAUACCGUAAGAUUAAUAAAAUAAGAUGACCAUGUCUACAAUUAGUGUGUUACAUUACUUUUGAGAAGUAAACGUUGAUUUAAAUUUCCAAUCGUAAAUAAAAAAAAAAAAUUCGAAAUCUUCAAGAUUUAAAAGUGAUAUUGUUCAAUUUAAUUGUUAAUUGUAAUUAUAAAAUUUGGAUCAUUUUCAUGCUUAUUAAAAAAGGCCAUUAAAACACAUAAAAUUGUAUUACAAGUUUCAUUUACUGUAUUCUUUAUAAUUUUUACAUUUACAUCUUGACCUUAUACAUGUAUAUUUAAUGAACAAGUUAAUUUUAUGUUAAACGUCAUUCUCGCCAUAACUUAUUUUAUUAUAUAAUUUAAUCAUUGUUUUAAAAAAAACUUUUAAUACUUCAAUAGUUUUCAUCAUAACUUGUUGCAAAGCUUGGUUCCCAAGCAGUGAUCAAUUUUUUAUAAAAAAAAUUUAAGCUUCAACAAUAUUUCUAUACAAAUGUUGCAUUAUAAUAAAAUAGUAUACAAGAAAAUUUAAU